CAUUUUUCUUCCUUUAUUUGUUGCUUUUUCAAGUCUAGUUAACUAUGGUGUUUUAACUUGUGCUUGCAUCAUACAACUUACUUCCUUGAUUCAGACACUUCCUUACACAAUGGCGGUGAAAACGGAGCUGAUCUUUGUUCUCUUCAACUUGGUCUCACUUACAGUGUCCAGUGAUGUGUACAGAUUGGUUGGCAGCUCUGUUCAACUGGACAUACAGGAUCCUGUACCUGAGUUUGUUAUGUUAUCCUGGGUUUUGAAUGGAGAUGAUAAUAUUAUAAAAUAUUAUAAAACAACUAAAAAAACUAAACAGUAUUCUGGUGAAGGCAGAGUGGAGUUCAAUGAGGAAACCUACAGUCUGACACUGAAGAACUUACAGAAGACUGAUAGUGGACUGUAUGAAGCACAAGCAUCUGUUGCAGGGAGUGUAGUUGUUGCUGAGCACAGACUCUCUGUGUUGGAUCCAGUGGAGGCUCCAGUCCUGACUCACCAGCUAAACGGAGACGCCUGUAACAUCACUCUCACCUGUAGAGGUCAUGACCUCUCUAUCAGUUCCAGCUGUUAUAAUGAAACCUGUGAGGAGAAGGAAGUGACAUCACCUGGAGGCAUCACCCUUUCCCUGUCUGUCAGUGGCAGCACCAUCAUCUGUAACCAUAGCAACCCAGUCAGCUUGAAGAAGGAUGAUUUGGAGAUGGGAGAACUUAAACGACUCUGUGCUGAUAAAGGUGCAGCCUCCAACGCUCCCUCUGCUGGUGUAUCUUGGUGUUUGCUGAAGACUCUGCUGUAUUCCAUCGUUCUGAUCUUCAUACUGUCUAAUUCAUUAUAGCUGCUUUGGUGAUAUGGUAUGCUACCUGCUUAGUAUCUUUUAACUGUUAGAAUUAUGUUACCCAUUUGACAUCUCUUAUGGCAUGUCUUCUUGAACUGAUUUAUUUGUUGGGUUGAUUGUAUUUUGCCCACAUACCCACUUCACAAGCUUAUGGCCAAUGUGAAACUCCUGUGCUAAA